AUGGCUGAGGUGGCAGAAUGGAAUGGAGAGCAAGGGUUUGAAGGUCCAAGAGUUCAAAUACCUUGGAGUGACCUAGAUGCCAGGGGAGGGUCGCAAGUGGCUAUAAGAGCUAGAGUGGCAGCAGCAUGGAACAAGAGGAGAGAGCUGUCAGGUGUUAUCAGUGACAGGAAGAUGCCUAGGAAACUCAAGGUGAAGCUAUACAGCACUAUAAUACGACCUGUGCUCCUAUAUUGGGCAGAAGUAUGGACAAUGAGAAAGAAGGAGGAGAGGAUACUGGAAGCGACAGAAAUGAGGAUGUUGAGAAGAAUCAAAGGCGUGACGCUGAGAGGAAGGGAAAGAAGUACUGACAUCAGGAGAGAAUUGGGAGUGAGUGACAUCAACGAGAAGUUCAAGGAGAUAAGAAUGAGAUGGUACGGACUUGUGAAGAGGAGAGAAGGACAUCCAGCAAAAGUGGCUAUGGAAAGUAUAGUACCAGGAAGAAGGCCGAGAGGAAGACCAAAGAAGAGAUGGAGAGAUAACGUAAAGGAAGAUAUGAGCCACUUCGGCUAA